GGUUGCCCUGGCAACCCGCCGCCGCCGCCGUACGCAGGGAAACCGUAGCAGCAUCAAGCGCAGCCGGCGGCACCGCGACUCCAACUUCCCUCUUCCUCCCAGCCGACCUAGCUUGCUCUCGUGCUCAGCGAUGGGCGUCGAAUCUGCGCAGCCAACCCCCGCCGCCACCGCCGAGCAGGCCCAGGAUCUUAUCGACUCCGCGAGGUACGACGAGCUGGAAGACGUCGUCGCCCUCUUCUCCGCCGGUGUUCCCCUGGACUCCGCAGAUUCGCAAGGCCGGACGGCUCUUCAUAUGGCUUCUGCCAAUGGGCAUCUUGCUGUGGUGGAGUACUUGAUUCAAAAUGGUGCGAAUGUUAACUCUACAAACUUGGAGAAGAACACGCCUCUUCACUGGGCAUGCCUCAAUGGACAUAUAGAGGUAAUCAAGGCUUUGAUAUGUGCUGGGGCUAUGGUAAGUGCACUGAACAGCCAUGAGAAAACCCCUAUGGAUGAGGCAGUGACCCUUGGAAAGAUGGAGGUGAUCGAUGCAAUCGGUGCAGCAGUAGCUCAAGCAGAGCUCGAUGGUGUUACUGUGUCCUAAGCAGACUUCAUAAUCUCCGUGCGCGAUGGAUGACAUGCCACCCCGUUCUUGUCUUUUUUUCGCCACCAUUCCUUCCAGUCUGUGUCACUUAAGAUGUUGAUAUUCUAGUAUGCGGGGCAUUAGGAUGUAUUGAGCCAAGAGUUAACUAUCAUCUGUGUCUGCAAUCACAUGUGGUAAGCAAUCCAAACAGGUCAAAAGAUCUGUGUCUGCAAUCACCUGUUAGUGUCAUAUGUCCUGAAAGUCUGGCUGUGGACUAUGUUUGCAGCAGUCAGAUGUAGUAUCUUGUUUUAUAAGAUUGCAAAGGCCGUUGUCUAA